CAUUUCCAGGGCUUACUGAGGACAACAAAGCGCAUCGGAACGAAUCGGACCCGUCAUCCAUCUCUCCAUGGCAUCUGGGCUGUUUGCACCAGGAAUAUUUCGGAGAAGGGACGGCAUGCAUCUCCGGGUUUCAAUGGGGAAGCAUCUCCGAUGGCCAAAUGAAGCAUUUUCCUCAAACAGUUAUUAAUGUGGAGGAUUCACGAUGAGGAUGUACCCCAGUGAGUUUCAAAUCCCACACAAACGGCAGCGGAAAGACCCUCGUUCUGCUCUUUGUUUGUUAUUUUUGCUCUACUACUAUGGAACAACCACUUAACCUUCCAGACUGUUUUUCUGUGUAAUAUGCUUGCCGUUUUGUUGCCUUAAAAUUUGAUUUACGCACACUGUCGACGUUUUUAAAUGAAUGGAGUGUCUUCUAAGGGCUCUUCUAUGGAAUAGCACACAGUAAGAAGAUGUAAUCUCCGUUGCUCCAGGUGGAUUUGUUUCUUGUUUUUGAGUUGCUUGGAGCACGUUUCAGUGGAGACAUGUAAGGCUGUAUAAUGGCUAUCCCAAGGCCGGCAUAAGAGUUAUUUAUUUCUGAGAGCGAGAGGAGCCAACCCGAACCACACCUUCGCUUAAAUGAAGACUGGCCGCAGUAACACAGGAAGGGAGAAAAAAAUGAUGCACGUCAACAAUUUCCCGUUCCGAAGGCAUUCCUGGAUAUGCUUUGACGUGGACAAUGGCACGUCGUCAGGACGGAGUCCCCUGGAUCCCAUGACGAGUCCGGGUUCGGGUCUGAUCAUUCAGGCUAACUUCGUGCACAGCCAGCGGAGGGAGUCCUUCCUCUACCGCUCCGACAGCGACUAUGACCUGUCGCCGAAGUCCAUGUCCCGAAACUCCUCCAUCGCCAGUGACAUGAAUAACCACCUGCCGAGACCGGGCCUGGUCUCUCGGAGAUCUGAGCCGGUUAUUAGUGGAAAUCAUGGAGAUGACCUCAUCGUUACGCCGUUUGCACAGGUGCUGGCCAGUUUGAGGACGGUACGGAAUAAUUUUGCAGCGUUAACAAACCUUCAGCAAGAUCGAGCGUCCAACAAGCGAUCCCCCAUGUGUAAUCAGCCUCCUCUCACAAAGGCCUCCUUCACAGAGGAGGCCUACCAGAAACUGGCCACCGAAACCCUGGAGGAGUUGGACUGGUGCCUGGACCAGCUGGAGACCCUGCAGACCCGACACUCCGUCAGCGAGAUGGCCUCCAACAAGUUCAAGCGGAUGUUGAACAGGGAGUUGACGCACCUGUCUGAGAUGAGCAGAUCUGGUAACCAGGUCUCAGAGUACAUCUCCAACACAUUUUUAGACAAACAGCACGAUGUGGAGAUGCCCUCCCCGCAGAUGCAGAAGGAGAAGGAGUUGAACAAAAAGACCAUGUGUCAGAUCAGUGGAGUGAAAAAGCUCAUGCACAGCACCAGCCUCACCAACUCCAACAUCCCUCGCUUCGGGGUCAAGACGGAUACGGAGGAGUCCUUAGCCAAGGAACUGGAGGACGUAAACAAAUGGGGCCUUAAUGUUUUUAAAGUCACAGAGUUUUCAGGCAACAGGCCUUUAACGGUGAUGAUGUACACUAUAUUUCAGGAGAGGGACUUGCUCAAAACAUUUAAAAUUCCCUUGGACACUUUCAUAACGUACCUGAUGACCUUAGAAGACCAUUACCAUGCUGAUGUUGCGUAUCACAAUAACAUUCAUGCUGCUGACGUCACCCAGUCGACACACGUGCUGCUCUCCACGCCGGCUUUAGAGGCGGUUUUCACAGACCUUGAAAUUCUCGCUGCCAUUUUCGCCAGUGCAAUUCACGACGUAGACCACCCGGGCGUCUCCAACCAGUUCCUCAUUAACACCAACUCGGAGUUGGCCCUCAUGUACAACGACUCAUCGGUGCUGGAAAACCAUCAUCUGGCAGUGGGCUUCAAACUCCUGCAGGAGGAGAACUGUGACAUCUUCCAGAACCUGAACAAAAAACAGAGACAAUCGUUGCGCAAGAUGGUCAUAGAUAUUGUCUUAGCGACUGAUAUGUCCAAACACAUGAACCUGCUGGCCGAUCUGAAGACGAUGGUGGAGACGAAGAAGGUCACCAGUUCUGGCGUGUUGCUCUUGGAUAACUAUUCCGACAGGAUACAAGUGCUCCAGAACAUGGUGCACUGUGCGGAUCUCAGUAACCCCACCAAACCCCUGCAGCUGUACAAGCAGUGGACGGACCGCAUCAUGGACGAGUUCUUCAGUCAGGGCGACCGCGAGCGAGAGCGAGGGAUGGAGAUCAGCCCCAUGUGUGACAAACACAACGCCUCGGUGGAGAAGUCUCAGGUGGGCUUCAUCGACUACAUCGUGCACCCGCUGUGGGAGACGUGGGCCGACCUCGUGCACCCCGACGCUCAGGACAUCCUGGACACGCUAGAGGACAACAGAGAGUGGUACCAGAGCACCAUUCCCCAAAGCCCAUCGCCCGCUCCCGACCAGCCCGAGGACAGCAGCCGGUCCGGCACAGACAAGUUCCAGUUCGAGCUGACGCUGGAGGAGGACGGAGAGUCCGACACGGAGAAGGACAGCGGGAGCCAGGCCGAGGAAGAGGAGGAGGAGGAGGAGGAAGAGGAGGACGACAACAGCUGUAGUGACUCCAAAACUCUCAUCACACAGGACUCCGAAUCCACAGAGAUUCAAGAGGCGGAGGAGGGGAUUUCAGAGGAGGUUUCCACUGAACCCAGUAUGGUGGAGGAAGAGGAGGAUGAGGAGGAGGAGCCGACAGACACGUAGCUAAUAUUUAAUAAUAGACAAUGAAAUUGAGUUCCAAAGCGCACGUUGCACUCCGAGACCUCGACUCCUCUCCACGAGCUGCCUGGAGACCAGAGGACACUAAGACUUCGGUAGGUUGUCGUUUUAUUUGCACUCAGGAAUAACAUUUCAGUCCUCUGUCUUUUUCGAGCUUGGUUUUGUUUACUUUUCCCCCUCCUCCUCCGGGAUUCGACACAAAGCAAUCGGAGGAGACGCCAGCGGGGAUCCACGCGGGAACACGUUUCCUUGGAUUUCAAAGAGACCUUAUUUUCUACGUUUUAAGUCUUCCUAAACUUUGACUGAGACAAAAUUUCACAAAAGACAAAAACCCCACAGCCCAGCGCUGUCACGGCCUCUCGAUGAUUUUGUACGGUAUACAUACAGAUUUUUACAUGGUUACUUUUAAUAUCAAAGCAGCAGCUGUUGCGUUUUCACUGAAACUUGACGCGAAGGGUAACUUGCAAGUACGCAACGUGGGUCGUGCGUUCGCCACCAUACACACUCAUAUCACUGCUGUCACACACACUCCUCUCAGAAGCUUUACCUCCUGUCAAUCAUCUACAGACGCUUCAUGUUCAUUGAACUCUUUUCUGAUUCAUUUCUGUCUUGAGUUCUUUCAGCACUUAAAGCCUGGAUUAUAAACAUAUUAACACAUUUA